GGCUUUUUUCUCGGGUACCGGAAGAAGGCGGUUCUCUUUUCGUGCCUAGUGCAGCCAUGGCUCGUGGUCCCAAGAAACAUCUGAAGCGUGUAGCAGCUCCAAAGCAUUGGAUGCUGGAUAAACUGACUGGUGUGCUCACUCCUCGCCCAUCUUCUGGCCCCCAUAAACUGAGAGAGUGUCUCCCUCUCAUCAUUUUCUUAAGGAACAGACUUAAGUAUGCCCUAACAGGAGAUAAAGUAAAGAAGAUCUGUAUGCAGUGUUUUAUUAAGAUUGAUGGCAAGGUCCGAAAUGAUAUAACAUACCCUGCUGGUUUUAUGGAUGUCAUCAGCAGUGACGAGACCAGAGAGAAUUUCCGUCUGAUCUAUGAUACCAAGGGUCGCUUUGCUGUUCAUCGGAUUACACUCGAGGAGGCCAAGUACAAGUUGUGCAAAGUGAGAAAGAUCUUUGUGGGGACAAAAGGCAUCCCUCAUCUGGUGACUCACGAUGCUUGCACCAUCCGCUAUCCUGAUCCCCUCAUCAAGGUCAAUGACACCAUUCAGAUUGAUUUGGAAACUGGAAAGAUUACUGAUUUCAUCAAGUUUGACACUGGUAAUCUGUGUAUGAUGACUGGGGGUGCUAACCUGGGAAGAAUUGGUGUGAUCACCAACAGAGAGAGACACCCUGGUUCGUUUGAUGUGGUUCAUGUGAAAGAUGCCAAUGGCAACAACUUUGCCACCCGACUCUCCAACAUUUUUGUUAUUGGCAAAGGCAACAAACCAUGGAUUUCUCUUCCCCGUGGAAAGAGUAUCCGCCUCACCACUGCUGAAGAGAGAGACAAGAGACUGGUGGCCAAACAGAGCAGCGGGUAGAAUGGUCCCUAUGUGACGUGAUUGGAAGCCUUUAUACCUAAUUAAAGGUCAUACAGCACGAUUAAAAAAAAAAAAAAGUCAAAUAAUCAACAUUACACCACAAGAAAUUAGAAAAAGAAGAAACUUAGCUGAAAUUUUUUAAAUUUUUUAGCUGAAAUUUAGUAGAGGAAGGAAAUAAGGAAAAAUCAGAAAUAAAUAGAGACCAGAAUGAAUAAUAAAAUAACACUGAAAAUAAUGACCAGUUUUUCCAAAUAAAUAAAUAAAAUUGGCAAUGUUUUAACUACAUUAAUGAAGAAAAAACAAGAGAAGUCCAAAAACCAAGAUGAAAAAUGAAAAAAAAAAUACAACAGAUAACCACAUAAAUACAUAAUGUGAUAACAGGUUGCUAUAAAAAUUAUAUACUAACAAAUCAGAUAACUUAGGGGAAAAAAACAUAAUUCUUAAAACACACAUUACCAGAUUGAAUUUGAAUCAUGAAUUCAUGAAUCUUGAAUCCAAAAGAAAAGGAAAUCUUAAACCAAUAACAAAAAUGAAAGUUAAAUUAGUUGAUACUGAGGCAGGAUCAAAAUAAUACAAGAGCAGAAAAGUCUAGUUUUUCUGAUGUAAGUAUUGCUACUCCAGCUUUCUUUUGACAUCCAUAUGCAUGAAAAAUGUUUCUCCAGCCCUCACUUUCAAUCUAUAGGUGUCUUUAGAUCUAAAAUGCAGCAUAAAGAUGGGUCUU